UGGAUGAUACCAAGUGAACUUGUUUUUGUCUUCUUCACCGACUUUGUAUAAAAUCGUGGCAUGCAAUUUUAUUACAACGAAAACUAUACACAAACAAAGUGCAAGAAAAAAUAUAUAAAGAAAGCUUGAGGUGAAGAAAGGUUAACUGAAAAUAAAUUUCAUCAAAAGACCACAAACUUGACUUUUAGUGAUUGAAAUGGUCACAAAUUCGUGUGUAUGUAAUUGAGAUUUAUACGUCUGUUUGCGAGCGUAGUGACAACUGUAUUCCUGUGCCGGAUUUAAAAUUGCGCCGACAGAUUCAGAUUAAAAUGGGCAAAUGCAUUGCUUAUAAAGCGGUUAUAACAUGAGAGUGUCACGCUGCAAGUUUUAUACAUUUUAUACGAAAAAUCAGCUGCAAUAAAAACUGGGUGUAAAAUAUCAAAUUGAAUUUUUAGUUUUUUGCUUUGAAUAUUGUAGUGCGUGCAGUGAGGUCAGAUUUGGUCAGAAAUAGUUUAAAAUUUUAGAAUAUCACAUCAGGUUUUUGACUGAUUUGAAGAAAAAAAAAACACAGUUCAAUUGAAAUUGCGGUAACAUUUAGCAAUUGACAAAAUAGAAAAAGGUUUCAUUUCCGUAAUUAGUGUAGUGAAUAAAUAGUGCGUUGAGGAAAUGGAAAUUGGCAACGAUGGUGAUGACCUCGUUAGCAAUUUUUAUAAGGGAUCAGUGGUGUUCAUCACUGGUGGAACGGGGUUCAUUGGAAAAGUUCUCGUCGAAAAAUUGCUACGUGUAUUUUCCAUCAAACGCAUCUACCUAUUGGUCCGUGUUAAGGAUGACAUGCCCGUCGACAAACGCCUGGAGAAUUUCUUCCAAGAAUCGAUUUUUGAUAGAUUACGAAAAGAGUCGCCCGACGUGAUAACGAAUGUAAAAGCAAUUGAGGCGAAUUUCGAAGCUCACGAUUUGAACAUUUCUCAGGGAAAUAAGGAUAUCAUCUGGAAUGAAGUUGAUAUUGUUUUCAAUGUGGUCGCAUCGGUGAAAUUCAAUGAAAAGCUCCGUGAUGCGGUCGAGAUCAAUGUGCUUGGUACAAAAAAGAUUCUGGAUUUAGUUAUGGGAAUAAAGAAUUUAAAAGCAUUUCUCCAUAUAUCCACGCUAUACUCCAACUGCGACCGCAGAAUGAUCGAAGAGAAGGUCUACGAAUCCGAUAUUGCAUAUGAAAAAAUUAUUCAAGUAAGUUGUAUUGCUCUUGUGUUGUCUUGCUCAGAGCGUCAAUAAAUUUUGAAUGGUUCACAUGAAGCCCAACACUUGACUUGGAUUCGUUCAUUUGUUUACAAUGUGUGUUGUCCCGAGUGACGCUGUGUCUUCUUCGGAUUGUGCGUUUCAA